AUGUCGACAGAGACUUUGAGCCAGUCGCCCGAGACCGCCUCACCUGUCCGGCAUGCGAAGCAAAACGCCGCGGGCGCCAAAGUCAAGAGAUUCAAAUUUACAGGCCUCGAAGUGCAGCGAUACUUCCACGGCCAGGACCCGUAUCUCACGCGGCCAAGCGGUGCCGCCUCUGGGACCCGCGAGCCGGGUCAGCCACAGAGCAACAACAUUCUCACGCUCCUGUGCCACAACUCGGAGCUCGCCGUCGAGAUUGGGAAGCACCUGAGCCCUGCCGACAUCGCGACGCUGUACAGCACGAGCCGAGCCUUCCACGACGCCGUCAACAAGUACAUGUUUGCCAGCGUCAGCGCCUGGGUCGCGCACAAAGCGCCCGAAGCCGGCAAGAUCUUCGACUUUCGCCUCUACAAGCGCCAUCUCGUGGCCGACCCGGCCGGCCGCACCUGGGGCUACCAGUACGAAACGGCAGAAGACGCGGCGCGCGGCGGCGGCGCCGACGCACCGCCCUCCCGCGGUGGUGCGGGCCAGACCAUCGACGCCGCCACGGCGGACGAGGUGCGCGCCAUCCCCGGCAUCAAGUACCUCCAGCUUGUCGUCGGACGCGACCGGUACUGCCGGGAGAUCCGGGCGAUGCUGGCGCGGCACGGGCACCGCACGCCGGCGUCGAUGCACGCGACGCUGCUCAAGCUGUGGCUGUGCCUCGACAUCCCGACGGGCGCGCAGCGCGCAGCGCUCCUGCGCAACCGGGCGGUGUGGGCCGACGGGGACCUGUACAACGCGCAGCUGCUCUUCGUCAAGCUCGGGAUGCACUUCAACGACCCCGUGUACGGGCCCAACACGUACGAGCUGCUGCACCUGAUGCUGGGCCAGCGGGGGCUGUACCCGCUGUGGCAGCUGCUCGCGCGGAAGCGCUUCACGCGGCUGCGCGAGGUGCUCGCGCUCAAGGUGCGCUACGACUUCCCGGCGGCGCCGUCGCCGUCGGACCCGCGCGUGCGCGGCGCAUACCACUGGAGCGUCGAGUAUUUCGGGAGCGGCAUGCAGGGGGUGCCGUACGGCGAGGUCGGCCGCGGCCACCUCGAGGGCUGGGGCGCCGGCGGCGUCCGGCACCUCCCGCGGCCGGACGAGCUGGUGCCCGUGGAGGCGGUGGCGCGCGGGCUCGAGCUCGACGCGCACCUGGUGGGCAUGAUGAUGUGGGGACACGUCGACUGGGCGACGGGCGAGAACCUGGUGCCGACCGAGGAGGAGAUGCACGUCGAGGACGAGGCGGCGCUGCUGGGGGCCGCGGACACGAGCAGUCACUGGCGGCCGCGCCACGCGCGCAAGAAGCGGUUCGCGGAGCUGCCCCCGGCGGAGCGCCGGCGGAUCCUCGACGAGGACGAGGACGAGCGCCUGCGCGCCAUGGCGUGGUGCGGCGAGACGGACGACUACUCCUCCGCGAGCGACGACGAGGACGACGACGGCGAGGGAGCAGCGGCGUGCUCGCUCGAGGACGAGAUGACACGCGGGUAUAUCCUGCCGCCGCGCGUGCCCGCCGGCGCCGAUGACUCGGUCGAGGUGCCGGCCGUGGACGACCAGGCGGGCUGGGUGGAGUUUGUCAACGACGUGCUUAUGAGCGGGCUGCCGGCGGACAUCAGUGGCGAGGCGGCGUUGCAGGCUGAGGCGUGGCAGUCGUACCAGGAUGCGGAGCUUGAGUCUGAGUGGGAUUGGGAGGCGUGGCUACAACAGCACCAGAGAGAAGAAGGCGAUGAGACGAGUGAGGACGAAGAGACUCCAUGA